UAUAAUUUACAAUGAGACUAUGCGGAUGCUGCUCGUUGUGGUAAAUCUGGGCGUUUCAACUGGAAUCAUAAUGAGCUUCUCAAUGAUCAUGAUGGUCAUCUACCGUCAGAGAGAGAAACGGAAGCCAAGUAACGUGUUCAUAUUGAGUAUGUGUGUAACGGACUUCAUGGCGACUACCAUCAUUGCACCUCAUUUUGUGGCAGCAGCAGCGUUAGGUAAAUGGCCCAGCAACUAUCUCCACUGUAAAGUGCUGGCAUUCCUCAAUACAUUCCUGCCUGGAAUGAGCAUCAUGAAUCUAAUUCUCAUCGCUCUUGACAGGAUGGUGGCUAUUUUCAAACCCACCAAAUACAGAGUCUGGUUGUGUAACAGGAACGCGCGGAUUAUCUGUGCAUGUUUCUGGCUCUACUCCCUUUCCAUCGCCUCCCUCUCCUUCUGGGACUGUUUCUCUCAGCCUCUCUUUGACGGAGCUGUCAUGACUUGUCUUCUUACAGGUCGUAAGUUUCUCAUCCUCCAGCUCUCCUGCGAAGUAAUCCCCGGCCUUGCAGCUACUGUAACCUGCUACACCUUCAUUGUGAUCAAACUGAUGCAGCGCUCUGCCAGUAUCUACUCCUCCGGUAACAAGGCCUCCAGAGUUAACUACGAGAUUAGAAUGGCUAAAAUCGGUGGUCUCGUCAGUGGGUUCUUCAUCAUGACCUAUCUCCCGUACUACACGAUAAUGUUCCAAUACAGAGAACACAUGGAGCCACUCAUAAAACUUAUGGCAGGAAUCCUUGUGGUGACCAGCUACAACUUCGACGCCUUCAUGUACGGUUACUGCAACAAGAACUAUAGACGUGAGAUCAAGAAGAUAGUUCACAGCAAGGUUCCGUGGCUGGUGAAGGUGACUCCAGCGGACCACAUAAACACAGAUACUCACACAAACAAUGAUACCAAUACAAUGUACACUAACGCUGCCGCUAACACCACUACAAGUCUCACUAGCACAAGUAACUUGUCCCCCAAACAGAGGCAUUCCCUAGCUCCCUCGCCCAUCAGGGAGGAGAGUGAGACCUCUGUUUCCGUCUCUAAGGAUUACUCUGUGUCGAAGUUAUCUCUGGCCACCACGUGAUAGUUUACAUCACAUCUUGAUCUUAGAUGUUUUUUUUUCAAUAAAUCUCCUGAGACGGUAUAGUUUUUCGAUCGUAAUAUUUAAUAUCCGCACCAGUUGCAGUUAAUAUACUGUCCCAAUCAACACCUGAUCCAGCUUUCCCUCCGUUAUAUAGAUCCUAUAUUUAGGAAUAUGCAAAGACUAACAACUUAGAGUUUUUUUCCCUUCAAUUUGAAAGAAAUAUAGUAUAGUUUUGAGUAGCACGUGGUUGCCAGGUGUUUACCCUACAGGAUCGCAGAAUAGGGACGGUAUAUACCAGACUUGAUACUUGUAACAACCAGGACUUAUUAAAGAAAUGGAGUAGGUACUAUAGCGCCAGGAAAAUGGGGUUGAGAUGAUAUACUACCUAGGUGCUAGGUUAGAGUCACGAAAAUUUGGUGUGAUAAGAUAAUUCUAGAGAUUAAUAUCAAUAUUGUUUGUUACAUUAUUUUGACAAGCUAUGCUGUGAUGAUAUUAUUCUGAUGUUUCGACUUGCGAUAAUUAUUUUUCGACGGUUUGUGUUUGUAUAACGACUUUGUUAAUAUGCCAAUAUAGGGUAAUUGAUAGUGAACUGUUUAUAGAUUUUAGAAAAUUCAUGGAUUGUAAUGAGCAUGCUUUUAGUUUUUAAAAUCAGUUGUUUUAUUGGUAAACAUAUGAACUUAAUUAUUAAUUUGAUCAUUAACGGCUAAGUGAAUGUAAGAUUCGAACAGCGUGAAAUCAUCAGCACUAAUCACAUUUUAACAGCUUCAUUGAAACUGACUGACAAGAACAGAACAUUGAUUCAUUCCAGGAUAUUAGGAAUUUGGAUUUAGAUUGAAUGAAUCAUGAACAUAAAUCUUACAGACAUUGUCCCAAUUUAAAAAUUAAGUUAC